CCGUCUGUUUGAAGUGAAGCUUGAAUAUUUCAUCAGGAUACCAGGUUACAGCCACUAUGGCAUCUGGAGGCAUGGCGGUAAAUUCAGAGGCCCAGCUAUGGGGACCAUAUAAAGAACUGGAGAGAACAGUUGAUGCAGCAGUUCGUAGGAAGCAGGUGGAUGCAGUGCAUGACCUUGAAGUGGCAUUGAAGAGACAUAAACCUGAUUUUAUUUCUCUCCUUAGAAAUCCACCAAAGAGUCCAUUGUACAGAGAUGCAGUUAAAAAGUCUAACAUUGAUGGCCUUCCAGUAAAGGGGGAACAGAUAAAGCAGACCUUUCCUAGAGAAUUUAUAGAGGAAUCUCUUAUUAUAAGUGACCUUUUUGAUAUGAGUGAAAUAGCUGCUGUAGAACUGUUAAUGGCCGGUGACCGUAAACAAUCAGAAUUUCCUGGAUUAACAAGGGGCUUAAUAGCUGUAUUGUUAUACUUUGAUGGUCAGAAAAGUAUAGUGAAUUCUUUAAGGACUUUAUUACAGUGCAGAGAGGGACGUACAUGGACAAUGGAGCUUUCAUCUGACCUCACAAAUAAGAUCACACAAUACACAGACCAGUUGAUUAUCAAAGAUAAACUUGUUAAUAAGAUUUUAGAUUUAUUAACAGAGAUGGAUUGGAAUAAACAGCUAAACAAAUUACAAUCUGCUCGAGCUGUUGGGCCUCCCAAGCAUAAAAAACAGCUACAAGAUAUUUACAGUGAGAUCAAACUUAUUCUGGCAGAUUGUUUAUUUUGUUUGUCCUCACAACGUCCUUUAGAGAAAGAGGAUACCCUACGUUUGAUAGCCUCCCUAAAACAAAAUGGAAGUUGUAUUGCUGAUGGGACAUUGGAUUUAGUUACUCUCUGCCUAAUCAUAACCUUGUUGUAUUGUUUUGAUGUCAGUGUUCUAGAAGAUGACAAUAAUUCAGAUUACAUUAGAAGAUUACCACUUAUUACUGAUGGAACAUAUAUAGCUGAUGUCCACAAAGAGUUAACAAAUGACCAGACAUGGUCCAUUCCUGGUCUUCAAGGUGUUGCUCAACUUUCAUGGGGAUUGACUUUGAGACAGUUAUCACAAUACCAAACACCAGCAGGUGUAAAUGAAUAUUGUGAAGAAGAUGAAAUAGUCAUUUCAAUGGCAACAGAUAAUAAUGUUUUCCACUUUCUUGAUAAUGCAGUGGUGGCUGUUGAAAACUUCCAUCAUGAGGAAUUUUAUCUAAGGAAAAUACAUGGACUAAUUACAGACUUUAUUUUCUUUAUGCCACUUAAGGUAAAAGAAUUAAGAAAUAGAAGUGAUGAAGUAGCCAGGUUAUCUGCAUCUCAGACUUUAGUGGAAGAAUCUGAUGUUGUAUCAGCAAGCCAUGGAUUUGAGUAUCUUCUAUUUUUGAUAGGACACAUAUAUGGAAAAGAUCCUCUUGGAAUGAACUUAUCAGUUGAAUACUGGUUCCCCCAAGAAACGAAUAUGCAUGAAUCUGUUUAUCAUUACAGAUCUCCUCAGAAACAGGUGUCUCUUAAUAAAUUUAUACGUCUAGCUGGAGACUUACUGCCACCUUCACUAUAUGUACCUUAUAUUAACAUGUUGACAGGGUUAGCCAGCAACAGUCAGUCAGCACUGCAUUGUUUUGAACUACUGAAAGCAAAUGGUCUAGCAUCAGGUGGUCCAUCAAGUUCUGUAUCCUGGAACCAUAUUUUUGUCUCCCUGAACCAAUACUACUCAAGCUUGAGACGAGAGAUGCCAACCUCCUCAGAGGUUUCCCAAAGAGCUCCCCAUAUCAGAGGCAUUACCUUAAAGGAAUUAGAGGGACUUAUUUCAGUCUUGAAACUUGCAAAUGUUAUUGCAGAGAAGAAUGAGAAUUGCAGAAUAGCCUUUUGUGAAAACCAACAGUGGUCCUUGAUUGUUUGCUUGUUUGGUCUUCUUACAUGCAGUGUACCACCAGGUCUUAAAGCACAAAUACUACUGACAUUAUCAGCUAUAGCUAAAACACCAGAUAUUGCUGCUAAUCUAUGGCAGACCUUAGAAGUUUCUCAGAUUAUACCAACAACUCGAUCUGGAUCAGGGAAGCAGCCAAGUGGACUUCAAAUAGAGCUAGAGGAGAUAGAGACUCGAAAUGAAGAAUAUCCAAUGAUUCUUGCUUUCCUGGGUCUGAUAAAUUCUUUGUCAGAUAUUCCUGUACCAGCAGGAUUAGUAACAGGGCUAAGAUCUCCAGGUUUUGAUCCUUAUCUCAAUUUUAUAAGAGAUGAUGUGUUUUUAAAGUUUGAUACCAGAGCAUACAAAGAUCCUGCUGAAAAGUGGAAAGUUGCUUCAGCUGCCUUGGAAAUAUUUGUUAAACUGUUGAAAUGCCAUGAGAUAAAGGCUGAAGACUUUACAGAUGAAAUGGUAGAGUUACAGACUGGAGGGACUGUAGCUGUUAACAAAUCUCCUGGUCAUACUCUCAUUAUACACAUGCUCAAUCAUUCAGGACUUUUAAAGAAGGUUCUACGAAUUCUUGAUGAUGUUGCAAAAGUGUUGGAGACCUAUUCAAAUGCUCCAGGAAAGAAGUACAUGGAAAGAGCUUCACUUUGUUGCCUACAAUUGGUUGAAUUCACCCUAGAUAAAGCGGAGGAGUUUUUUGAUGCUUGUAGAGAAAUGGGAGUUUCCAUAAUGGUUUCUCAAAUGGACAGGCUUUUAAGAGGGAUAAACCCACGUACAGGAAAGUCUGACCAUCUAAUUAAUGUGGCAAAAUACAUAACAUUUAACCAAGUUAUGCCUUAUCAUGCUAUGUCAGCUAUGAAGAUUUUAUUCAGUGUGAGCAGAGCUGCUGGCAUACAAGCUGAUCUCGUCAAUCUAUACACUGCUGAUGAGAAAACUAAAAGUGAAUUAUUGCAUGGAUUUGUUGAAUGUUUAGAAGUUGAUGACCCAGAAAUAUCACAAGACAACAUGAUCAUUCUGAAUGAAGAAAAAGAUGAAGAGGUAUCAUUAUCAGGUGUCAGAAAUUGUACAAGACAGUAUUUACUUCACACAAUAAUUUACUCACUAGAACAACCUGCACCAAAUCUUGCACACUACCUGCUUGGAUUUGAACUUUCCAAAUCUGUCAACAAAACUAAUUUACAAGACCCUGGUAUACUUGGAUCUCAGAAGACUUGUCUUCAUUCUUUGUUGACAAUUUUGGAUAAAGGAAUAGGAACACUUGGAGGACCACAAGCAUUGAUAGAGACCCCAAAAUUGUCAGAACUCUUUUAUAAGUUGAUUUAUAUGUUAGCUGCCAACAAAGAUACCUCUGCAGCCAUCUUAAGAUAUCUUAGAACAUCCUGGGACUUUCUGUACAGACACCUCCAGCAUGUGCCAUUUAAUGGUCCAUUUGUGACAAACCACCAGUCUUGGUUACUGCGAACUGUAGCUAUGGAGUUACGCUUGACAACUUUAAACCGUCAGAGGUCACACACACAGCGUCUAAUGAAACUUUUACUUGAUGAUCAUAUUGAUGAUCCAGAACAAGGUAUACUUCCAGGUAUUGAUGAGACAGUAGACACAGGAUUUGAUAAAUUUUCUGACACUUCCUAUUUCCAGUCAUCAUUUCAUUCACACACAACCAAACAGCUUCAAGGUCGUCAGAUAAGAAGGAAGAUCUUAAGUCUGUUAGACUCUGUCGAAUUCACUCAAGUAUAUCCUGAGCCUUUGACACUUGAGUAUUUUGAUCCUGGUAUGAUAGAACAAGUAAUACAGAAAACAGAGUCAAAGACAGAAGAUGAUACUGUAUACUGUAACGUUAAAGUGUUACACAGUAUAUUACUGAAUGAAUUGUCUAAUGUCCAGAGCAAUGUUAUGGUGGCAAACAGACCUAGAAUUCUAGAGGAAGUUCAAGGAAUUUUGAAGAAUGUUGUUUCCCGUAAUGGUGUGCGAAAAAGUUUGUCUGUUAAGCAGCAAUCCUAUGAUGCCUGGAGACAAGUUGCAGAAAUUUGGUUAACUUCCUGUCCAGAAGAUCUCAUGCCUAGGGAAAUUAGACAAACUGUGUUGUUUGAGCUUCUGCAAGAGUUACUAAGCAAAGUGGCUGAAGAAGAUGCCUUGACUGAAUUGACAGCUCCUGUUUCUGGUACCUUUCUAACAUUGAUGGCCAAUUUAAAACAAUGUUUUGUAGUAGAGCAGUCCCAAGGAAAUAGGGAAAGCUCUUCAAAAUACUCAAGCUUGUUAGAGGACACAGGAAGUAAAACCCCAUGGGUUCAAAGUUCUGGUUCACGUACACUGUUUGCAACAUCACUUCAGCUUGUAUUGAAAGGGUUAAUUGACCAUGUAAUGUGUUCUGGUGGGGGUCAACAGAGGGUUAGGGCAAACUUAUAUGGAGCCCUACUGUACUACCUACAGAUUGCAGAGAAGCCUAAAAGUCAACAGAAAGGAGAAUCAGUAGAAGGAAUUGGAGAGAGACUUUUAUCAGGUACAGAUUCUGAAUAUGAUCAGCUGACUAAGGAGAAUGUAGCAACAAUUUUGUCAUAUGGCAAUCACUUGAUGGAUACUGUAUGUAGAGAUGCAUGUGAUGGUCAUGAUGUAGGAAGGAUGCUGGCAUUAUCUGUUUUGGACAAAAUAUUAUCUAUGGAUAAAUUUCAGCAGUGGUUAAAUUUUAUGACAUCAAAAGGAUAUUUACAACAUUUAGUUGAUAGUUUGAUAAAUGAUGAUAACCAGCUCCAGAGUCUCUUAGGUCCAAACCCACAGCUCAAAGUUCUUUAUAUAUAUGAAUCUAAAAUGAGUCUAUUGACCAGGAUAGCUGAAUCUACUGCUGGAGCUCAUGCUUUACUAAGAGCAGGAAUAAUGUCUAGACUUUCAUCAUGUAACUAUUUUGAUAUGAGACCAGAGACUAGCAGGUUACAGAAUGAACUAGGACUGACACAAGAUGAGUUUAUUCCUAGUCCCAUGGCCAGGUAUAGACUGUUACUAUUUGCCUGUCUAAAACUCUGUCUGGCUAUACUUACCUCUUGUGGUAUAGAGAACCAGGAUGCUGGGAAUCAGGUGUUGCAGUUUGUUUUUUCCCAUGGAGAAAUAUUCCUUAACAUUUUAAGAGACAGACUGCCACCACAAGAUCUUCAAGCGCUAAAGGAGUUGUCUUUGACAACUGCUGUGAUAGCUAGAGCCCAGUCAAGAGGUGUACCUGAUGUUGAAUUUAAUGACUUUGACACUUUAGCCAUUGAGUUCAGGGCACAUAAGAUGCAGAUUGAACGUCAGAUGAUAUCCCUUUUCCCUAAAUUCUGUUUAUCUGAGAAAUUGAAUAAGCAGUGGAAGAAUUUUGAGAGUCCACAGGAAGGAAGAGAUAUUGGAGUGGAGUUACUACUGACGUACCUAGAAAUAGCAGCUAAUGUUACAUCAUACUGUAGGACAGUCAUUUCAGCUUCAGGUCUAUCAUCCCAAUACUGCAGAAUUCUGUUUGGCCCUAGUCUUGAAGAGGCUUUGUCCAGAGAUAUAAGGAGCGCUGAAGAGUACUCUGUAUCUAGUUUAACAUUUACUCCAAGUCUUGGCGUGAUUGUGUAUCAGCUGCGUCAGUGUGCUAGUAAUUUCAUGUAUGUCUAUGAUAGUCACCAGCAACAUCAACGCAAACAGCACAGCAGUCUUAGUACAGAUGACUUGAAAGAGUAUUCUGGAGUACCUAUGAGUGAGAAGAUUGCAUCACAUCAAAGACAGCAGUUAGCCAGGAGGAGAUUAUCACAAAUUGUCAAUGAUAAAUGGAGAGAAAUGCAACAGUUAUCAUAUAUUAUAGAGAAUUGUAUAUUUAUAUUAUGGAGACACCUUGAAUAUUAUUUAAUUCACUGUGUUCCAAAUGACCAACAGCCCUCCAUGUACCAAGUUCAUAUUCAUCGUCAACAACAGAUGAGGCGUUUACAAGAAUUAACUGGAACUUCAAGAAGUAUUUUAGAACAUCAACAACACCAUUACACACAGGAGUCAGAUGAGAUGUCAAAGAUUGUUUCUAGAGAAGAAUUGGCAGCAUUCAAGAGUAAUGUAACUAAUGUUGUCAGUGAAUCGCUUCUGAAAAAAAUUCAGGAGAUCAAUCAGAGUUUUUGCAAAAACAGAACCCACUAUGGAUUUGUUGAAGCAUUGAUCAGGAGAUUGAGAAGAUUAUUAAGAUUACAGACUUGAUCACAUUGAACAUAAUAUGAUGCUGUUACAUAUUCAUACUUAUCAUGUCAGUUUUUUUCUGAUUCUUCUGGUCUGAUUAAAAUAAAAAUGGGAUUUUUA